CAAAAAGACAUUUCGUGAAAUGUCAAUUUUACUUUGAUUUUCGUGUUGUAAAUAGUGAUUUCGUGGUUACUUUAAUAUUUUAAGAUUAAUAAAAUGUUUCCUCUACAAAAGGAUAUUUGGACUGAAGUGAUAAGCUUAUACAAAAAUAUGCCAUUUCUGUGGGACAAAAGCGACCCUAAAUAUACGAGCAGACAAUCUCGAGAGAUUGGCUAUAAUAUCAUUCUCCAAAAAUACAAAGAACAUGAUAAACAUGCGAAUAUGGCAGUUCUAAAGAAGAAAAUAGAUAACAUGAGGACAUCCUACAGGCGGGAAUUGAAGAAGGUGUUACUUUCAAAAAGAAACUCUUUAACUCCGGAAGAUCGAUAUGUUCCAGAGUUGUGGUACUUUGACUCUCUGAGCUUCCUGGAUAAACACAUAGUUCUGCAGCACAACAGGGACAGCUCUGAUGAGGAUGACAUGGAGCUAAGUCAUAUAACAGAGUCACAGUCCUACACAGAUGACAGCAGUAACUUCAACCCUUCAAUAGAAAACUUAUUUUACCAAGACUUUGAGUAUGAUAAUGAUAUACUACCAAGAAAGAAACGAAAAAAAGUAAAAAGAGAAAUUCCAGAUGAAUUAGGAGAUGCAGAUACACUGGAUAAUGUGCAAGAGGAUGAUUGGCUUGUAGUUGGGAAGUCUAUAGGAGUGCAGCUGAAGGGCCUGGACAGCCGCCAAUCAGCAAUAGCACAAAAAAUAAUUGCAGAAACACUUUUCUACGCAAAGCUUGGGAAGCUCAAAGAGUAUUCAACUGUAAGUUUUAAUGAACCUCACAAGGAGCUAUCGGAUUUCUGAUUGUUAAUGAUGGGUUAAGUGUAAAUGUUAAAAAUAAAACCGUUUAAUAAAAUAUGGAUAUUUUAAAAA